UCAAUUAAUUCCAAAUUCAAAUUGUAAAACGAAAACAACGGAUUCUAUUUCGUUUGUAUUGUCCAUUUAUUUAAUUUUACGCGUAAAUAAAUCAAUAUGGAUAAUAUAAUAAAACCUGUGAUAGAUAGUUAUCCUAAAUAUUACAUUGAAAAACAGAAAAGCCCAAGUUAUGUGGAAAUGUAUACGAAAAGUAACAGAGAUAUCGUGCUGGUUUGUAACAAGGCCAAACAACCUACGUACAUAUCGGAUAACGCGACUAAAGACAACAGAAAUGAGGCUGAAGAACUAGAGCUAACAGGAUCUCCGCUGAAGCUGGAUCUAAGUCUGCACACAGUAUUGGAUGACACCAUGAUGACUGAUGAGCCUCAAUUGUGGACCAAAGAGGAAGGUACUCAUGGUCCUAUCAGUCUUGAGGUGGCUAGACAAAUAUCAAACCUUUACAACAAAAACCGAGACCAAGUAACAACGGAAGAUGCAGUACCUCUUUGGAUAUUGACCAAUCCCGUUGAAGAUAGUAAACCUUUGUUGGUGACUGUUCAGUCUGAUAGCACUCACUUUGCAAGGGGCAUGGUCACUUAUGAUGGUAAUACGAACCAGGAUGAUGUUGAUUUGGAUGUGUUGGUCGAAGAAUAUGCAAAGUUAGAGGGAUUGAGUGUGGACUCAAUAACUACCCUAGUAGACUGCAAGUACCUGAUCUCCGGCAUAUCAUAUGCUUCCUAUAACACUGAUGAGCUGGUCAAUGCUCCUCAUGGUGGUGUCACAGAGUUACGGUGUGAAUGGCCUGGGAAGACACUGCAUACACCUUAUAUCAGCUGUAAAGUCAAUUUUGAGCAAGAGAUCAUAGUUGGCCACCUCGCGAGUCCAUGCAACGCCAUCUGGCGGUCUGUGUGUGCACUGCACAACAUGAACCAACUGCUCGUCGACAUGACUGCUGCGGGUUACUCCUCUGUCAAUCUGGAAACUGCUUCAAUCAGAAACAACAUCCCAGGCGCAAGACGCCCCAACAACUCGAAACGUGUAAAUGAAUUACUAAACGAGACUGAAACAUAUGCUUAUACCGCGGAAUGUCCUGCUGGCGGGUGCAUUUGUGUCACAGAAGACACUACAACUCUAGGACAAUGUCUUAACGAUAUGAAUACUAUUGGGUCUUCUAAUGACUUCACUUAUAAACUCUGGGAUAUAUUGCGAGAUUGCGAAACAGCAGAGGAAUUAAUAACACUACUAAUACAAGCUCUCAAGUUUAUAUCUUCAGGAAAAAUAAGACCAUUUAUAGACGCCAACAACAAAACGUAUCUAUCGAAGCUAGUCCUCAAAUUAUCAAGAGGACACUCUCAAGCUUCCAAAGUAUUGAAGAAUCUUCGCUCCAGUCCACCUCAAGCUUUGUCAUUGGUCGCUCAAGUCGGUACUGAGAAGACUAUGUGGGAAUACACGAGGGUCAUGUCACUGUUGGAGCAUUCCUUCUUCAUUGCUGGGAUCUGGAAUAGUGAUGCAAGGACACACGAAUCAAUAGAACAAAUAAACCAAACUAUACAAGACAUGACAAUGAGUGGGGGUGACUUCCAACUGAAUCCGUUCGAGAGUUUCACCUCGGCCGAGCAUUCUAUUCGCUUGGACUGUGAGUCGUUCUACGAGGAAGACACACAUGAACUAACUGUGGAUGACUUCGCGUCCUUGAAGAAACAUGGACUUGUUGCUGAGAAAAAGGAUGUUAAUGAGGUGCCACUAAUAACUGAUGAAAUCGACAUAAGUCCGUGGAAGAAUCUUCUAAUGAAGUUUGCACAAGUCCAUGUGUGUUUAGAACAUCUGCAUCGCGCCGAGAGCUGCUUGAGAGCUGAUUUUGCCAGCCUCAAACCAAUAGCAUCAAGAUUAUUAGAACACUAUGUGUCAGAGAAAUCGCCUAUAAGAACUGUGGGGCAGUUGAUGAGCGAUCCCAUUCAAAGAAUUAGUAUGCCCAUUGCUAAUAACAUCGUGCAGGAUCAUUUGAAGAAACCGGCCUACUGGUAUCGAGUUGAAAUGACGAGGAAAGAAAAUGCAGCCAACAAGGGCAUACAAAGGGAAUCUAAGAUGGUAUAUGUGUUCUCCCAACAACCAGUCUUCCCACCGAGUGUUUGGCAGAGUAUAGAUCCCCCUACAGAAGAAGUGGCAGAAGUAACAACACUAGGAGAAGAAUUAAAGUAUCACAUCACUAAAUACAUGUUCAUAAGCAACAAACUUGUAAAUAAACUAGCUUUUUAAUGUAAUACUUUGUAAGAUCAUUAUUAUCAUAUUAAGG